AUGUCUUUUUCGUCCGCCCCUAGGACUAUCGCUGGGAAGCCAGUCGGUCCCAUCGGCUAUGGUAUGAUGAACCUCACACUUUUCGGUGGCAUUACUCAUGACGAGGCCAUCAAGCCAAUGAAGGCCGCUUUGGAAAACGGUGCCACUUUUUGGAACGCUGGAACCUUCUACGGGCCUCCAGAUGCGAAUUCUCUCCAGCUCCUCAAGCACUACUUUACCAAGUACCCGGAAGAUGCAUCGCGCGUUGUGCUCAGCAUCAAGGGCGCUUACGAUGGAGCUACUCAGUCACCGACCGCUAGUCCGGAGGAGAUUCGAGCCUCCGUUGACGAGUGUCUGACCUUGCUCGACGGUACCAAGACGAUCGAUCUCUUUGAGCCCGCGCGCGUUGACCCCAACGUUCCCAUCGAGGAGACUGUUAAGGCACUUGUUGAUCUGGUCGAAGAGGGCAAGAUUGGCUCCUAUGGUCUCAGCGAGGUGAACGCUCAGACCGUCCGCCGUGCUCACGCCGUACAUCCUCCCGCCGCUGUUGAGAUUGAACUGAGUCUGUUUUCUCAAGGUGCUCUAGAGGAGGCAGGCGUCGUCGACGGUUGUCGCGAGCUUGGCAUCCCCAUCGUCGGCUACAGUCCCCUCGACCGCGGCUGGCUCACCGGACAGUUCAAGACUCUCGAUGAUAUCCCCCAGGACGACUUCCGCCGUUUCUACCCACGCUUCCAGCCCGGCAACUUCGAGAAGAACGUCGAGCUAGCUGGUGCUGUUGAGGAAGUUGCCAAAAAGAAAGGGGCCACCAGCGCCCAAGUUGCCAUUGCUUGGGUACAGCAGCAGGGUGUUUUGCCUAUUCCUGGUUCUACCAAAGUGGAGCGUGUCCAGGAGAACACCAAGUACGUAGAACUUACCGAAACCGAGACUAAAGAGCUUCAUGAAGCUCUUAGCAAGGCACAUGUCUCAGGUCAUCGAUACCCCGAGAUGUUCCAAGCUCAUCUCGAUAAAUAG